GACGCUCCAGUAACGGUUUAUUUUAGCUCCGGCAUUUUUGCUGCUCGCUUAACAUUUUUACCCCCGAUGUAGCCUAUAAUAACACCCAUUUUUGUUAGCUUUUUCUAUCAGCUUUACUCGGAUAUUAAUCGCCUUUUUUCCUGCCCAAUUUUCCGCUCCUACAUGCCGCUUCCCCCGCUCUCUUUACUGCAUUUUCUAUGUAUUUUGUGCCCCUUGUUUCCUCCAGUAACGUUAACCCAUGUCUGUGUGCAUCCCGCCCCCCUGCGCUCUCAAUAGAUGGUGCAAGUCAAAAUGUCCAAAUCGCCCGUAGACCCUCUGUCUGCUGUGGAAACAGGCUCUCAAUCGCACUAUUUUCAGCUGCCCAGGAAGUUGCCUAAACGCAAGAGCCGCUUCAAACGCUCAGAUGGCAGCACGUCUUCUGACACAACAUCCAGCUUCAUCAAACGACAGGGGUCGGCUGAUUCGUACAACAGUAGACCGUCGGAUUCAGACCUGUCAGCAGAGGAGGACCGCGAGGCGUAUCGGCGUGAAGCCGAGCGCCAGGCACAGCUGCAGCUCGACAGAGCCAAGUCCAAACCUGUAGCGUUUGCAGUAAAGACGAAUGUGAGUUACUGCGGGGCUCUGGACGAGGACUGUCCUGUCCAAGGAGCUGCAGUCAACUUCGAUGCCAAAGACUUCCUGCACAUCAAAGAAAAGUAUAACAAUGACUGGUGGAUCGGCCGGCUGGUGAAGGAGGGAGCAGACAUCACCUUCAUCCCCAGCCCUCUACGACUGGAGGCCAUGAGACUUAAGCAGGAGCAGAAACAAAGGAAAACAGGGGGUAACUCCUCUAGCUUGGUGGCAGGGAACUGGAGGACAACACCGCCAUCUGCAGGUGAAUCUAAACAGAAGCAAAAACAGGAACACGUCCCUCCCUACGAUGUGGUGCCCUCUAUGAGGCCGGUGGUCCUCGUGGGACCCUCGCUGAAGGGCUAUGAGGUAACAGAUAUGAUGCAGAAAGCUCUCUUUGACUUCCUGAAACACAGAUUUGAUGGAAGAAUCUCAAUCACACGUGUAACUGCCGACCUGUCUUUAGCCAAGAGAUCUGUCCUCAACAAAAGACCCAUCAUGGAGAGAUCCAACACUCGCUCCAGCCUAGCCGAGGUUCAGAGUGAGAUCGAGAGGAUAUUUGAACUCGCCAAAACCCUGCAGCUGGUGAUUCUGGACGCUGACACCAUCAACCAUCCCGCACAGCUCGCCAAAACCUCCCUCGCUCCCAUCAUCGUCUACGUCAAAGUUUCCUCACCAAAGGUGCUCCAGAGGCUAGUCAAAUCCAGAGGGAAGUCUCAGAGCAAACACCUGAAUGUGCAGAUGAUGGCUGCCGACAAACUCUCUCAGUGCCCCCCUGAUAUGUUUGAUGUCAUUUUGGAUGAGAACCAGCUGGAGGAUGCAUGUGAGCACUUGGCUGAGUACCUGGAGAUUUACUGGCGUGCGACUCACCUCCCGGGCAACACGCCUCUCAACCCGAUGCUGGAGCAAACUCUGAUGACCCCGCCUUCUGCCAUCUCCAGCCUCCAGAACAAGAACCAGCCGCAGCCUCGUGAGGCGGGGGGAUUGGAGGGUGAGGAGGAGGCGGGUGAGGAGGCCCCCUCCCCCCUGGAGCAGGACAGUCUCAUGCCGUCUGACGAGGCCAGCGACUCCCUGUCCCGCGGCCGGAGGGGGAGCCCGGGCCAAAGGGUGGCUGAGGAGGAGGAGGAGGAUGAGUUUGCCUCCCCCUGCCAUGCUCGCACUUACAGGGACGUGUACCCCCCCCACCGCGGGCACAGCAGCAGCAGCGCCCAUAGUGCCAACGGGCACGAGUCAGAGGACCGGCUGCUGCAGCGCGAGGCCCAGCAGGGCCACAACCAGAGGAACAACCGCCAGCGCAGCCGCCCCUGGCCCCGAGACACCUACUGAGGAACCCCCCCCCCCGGCCUCCAGAUCAGCCCUCCAACUGUCCCAAAUACACAACUUAGAGAUGAAAAAACCUGCCCCAAAAUCGUCUCCAAAUCAGAAACAGAUGCCCAGUUUAUAAAGUACACAACUUUAGGUUGAUUUUUUAAGAAUUGACAGUCACUCUCU